GUAGUAAUUACCCCGUUUAACCCGCGUUAAUUACGCUUGUGUCCCUACGCGCGUCUCAAAGAUCUCUCUCUUCUCUGGAGAAAAAAUAAAACAAAAGAACAGCGUUCGCCGAGAGAUAUACAUACUCGGAUCAGUCGUCAAAAGCUUUGGAAUUUGAUACUUUUGAUUUUUCGAGAAUCUUGAAAAUCAGUCAUGGGUUCUGGAAAAGAGCGUGACACUUUCGUCUACCUCGCUAAGCUCUCUGAGCAAGCUGAGCGUUAUGAAGAAAUGGUGGAAUCAAUGAAAAGUGUUGCGAAAUUGAAUGUUGAUCUGACGGUGGAAGAGAGGAACUUACUCUCUGUGGGUUACAAGAACGUGAUUGGUUCAAGGAGAGCUUCGUGGAGGAUCUUCUCGUCGAUUGAACAAAAGGAAGCAGUGAAAGGGAAUGAUGUUAAUGUAAAGAGGAUCAAAGAGUAUAUGGAGAAGGUUGAGUUAGAGCUUUCUAACAUAUGCAUUGAUAUUAUGUCUGUCUUAGAUGAGCAUCUCAUUCCUUCGGCUUCCGAGGGUGAAUCUACUGUCUUCUUCAACAAGAUGAAAGGUGACUAUUACCGCUAUCUUGCUGAGUUCAAAUCAGGGAACGAGAGGAAAGAGGCUGCUGAUCAGUCUUUGAAAGCCUAUGAGAUUGCUACUACUGCUGCUGAGGCUAAGCUCCCUCCAACACACCCUAUCAGAUUGGGUUUGGCUUUGAAUUUCUCUGUCUUCUACUACGAGAUCAUGAACGCACCUGAAAGGGCAUGUCACCUUGCUAAGCAGGCGUUCGAUGAAGCUAUCUCAGAGCUUGACACUCUGAACGAGGAAUCCUACAAAGAUAGCACCUUAAUAAUGCAACUCCUUAGGGACAAUCUGACCUUGUGGACUUCUGACAUCUCAGAAGAAGGAGGAGACGAUGCUCAUAAGACGAAUGGUUCUGCCAAACCUGGUGCUGGUGGAGACGAUGCAGAGGUAAGUAUAAGAGAUUCCUUUACUCGGGGUAAAUCAAAUUAAAAUAAGCCGAUUUUGAUUCAAGAUUUCUUUGCUUAUGUUGCAGUGAUAUGAUAUGUGUGCACCUGGACAAUAUGUUUCAAGAACUGAAUGUGCGGUGAAUAAUAGUGAAAAGUAGAGUUUCUCUGUUCCCUAUAUCAUGAUUGUCUAUGUUACUUGUACUCUGGUUUAGCCCUAAAUGUCUCUCUGGUUUGAAUGUAUUGCAUGCCUGUCUCAGGACACUCUUAUUUGUAAUUCACUACUGUCGUCUUACUAUCUAUCCUUAUGGAUCCAAUCUUGAAACUUAUAUUCCUUCAUUUCUGAAUUGCUGAG